AUGAAUUUGAAUUAAAAUUCUGAUAUAAUGAACAGCGGCUCUGUGAAAAAACAGAUGUAGAAAGUAAAAAAAAUAAAUGGAUUUACCCAAAAAAUAAAUAUCCAAUAAAUUCUGUCAUAUGUCGUGCUGGCAUGUCUCUUUUUUGUGUUCACAUUUUGCAUUUUACCCACUCUUUCUUUAGCUGUUUAGAUUAUUUCAGGAAUUCUAUAUUAUGGAUCAUUUGUAAUCAUGUUUAUUUUAGGAUAUAUCUGCACAGACUUUGAUCCUACUGACUAAAAUGUUAUAAAAGAAAAGACUGCAAGACUCAAUAACAUUGACUAUGAUGUUUCCGCUUUAGAUUUUUAUUGUGUUAACUGCAACACACAUGUUUCUAGUAAUAGCAAACACUGCAAAGCUUGUAAUAGAUGCGUAGAAAAUUUUGAUCAUCACUGCAAGUGGCUAAAUAAUUGUGUUGGAUAAGUUAAUUACUCCCUUUUCUUUAAGCUUAUAACAAGUGUGCUAAUUCAUAUCAUAAUCUUCACUGUAUUUGCUUGCAUUUCUUUAUUCAUAUAUUAUUUUGGAAAUGAUGAUGAUAAUUAAAUUUAAGCAGAACUCUUCUUUUUAUUUUCAAAUGAUUCCUAUAUAACUGUGAAUAUAUUUGAAAUUUUGUUAUGGAUCUUUGUAGUUGUAGGAAUAUUAGUUGGAUUUUUUGAUGGCAAUUUAGUUUUUUUCCAUAUUUACCUCCAAAAAAUGAAUCUAUCUACUUAUUAAUACAUAUUAUCCUCUCGUGAAAAGAAAUAAAUGGAGGAAAACAGAAAGAAAGACCUUUUAGAAUUGAGAUAAAGAGAGAAAGAAGAGUAAAAAAAGCUUAAAGAAGAAAAGAAAUAAAAGGAUUAGUUAAACUAAAAUAAUAAUUUACCUAUUUAAUAAACACAAACAAAUAAUAAUAAUUAAAAAAAUUUACAAUCAGCAAACCAAAAAUAAGUUACUCAAUCAUCUUACAUUUAUACUCCAUAGUACAACACUAACAAUAACAAUAACAGUAUUAACUUCUAGAAUUAAAACUAAAAUAUUAAUGUUAACGAAGAUAAAAAUCUAAAUGCUGCAGUAAGUAGAUAAGACAGUAUGGAAACUCAUUCUUAGAGAACAAAUCCAUUUGAAUUUGCAGAUUAAAAAAGAGGAUUUAACCUCAAAGGAAAUACUAUUAACUCAUAAUUCAGCUAAAAAAAGCUAAAUAAAUAAGGAUUUUGGGCUUAAAUUUGUUGCUGCUUUAAAUCUCAAAAAAAUGAAGCUAAAAUUGGAGCAAUUGGAUUAACAAAAAUUGAUGAGUAAUCAGAAUUUAUGGAAGAAAAAGAAGAUUAAAAAAAUGAAAAUUUUGCAAUUAUUGAUGAAAUGCAUCAAAGGGGAAUUUGUCAAACAGUAGAUAUCAUGGAUGACAUAUAAAAAAUGAAAAAUUAAUAUUCAGAAAGACAAAUGCAUUUUGAAAUCAAUAAUAAUGAAUUGUAUUUAAAUAAAGCAGCUCAUGUCCUUCAAAGUAAUACAAAGAUAGUUAACAAAAGCAUUAACAUUAAUGAAAAUGCCUUAAAUAACGAAAAUUAAUACUAAAUUAAUAAAAUAUAAUUGGAAAGAGUUGCUACUGAAGAGUUAAGCUUGAAGUAAUUGCCUCAGGAAGAAGGUAAUUAAUCUAAUCCUGACUUUGAAAAUAAUAGCAAUAGCAGUACCACUAAUAACAAGAAUAAGAAAUUUAACUUUAACAAAAAAAACAAUUUAAAGCAAUCUAAAUCAGGUUUAGACAUAAUAAGUGUAAACUUAACUUAAAAAUCUGAUUCUCCUGAUAAGCAAAGCAAUACUAAUAAAAAUAGUACUGAUAAUUUAGCACAAAAAAAAUAACAUAUGCCACCAAAAAUACUUUACCUAAGAUCUGCCUCUAAAAGCAGUAUGAAAAGCAAUUAGCAAAGCAGUAACGGUGAAGUUCAUGAAAUAAAAACUGAAGAUAAACACAACUCAAUACCUCCAAGCUAAAUUCAGACAUCAAAUAUAAUAAAUAUGUAACCCAUACAAAUAAAAUAAAACUAAUAGUCGAUAAAUGAAAUCAAUUAAUGA